AUGAUCAUCCGAAUUAACUUUAUAUAUGAACGUGUGCACACUAUAGUUCUUUGCGACUUUCAUGACUUUGUGAGGUAAACUUCUAGGAAUUUAGCUGAUCCACGUUGGAUUCAAGCAUCAAAAACACAAUGGUGAACACGGAUAGUGAGGAGACUCAGGAGAAAAAGGUUGUCAUCAUAACUGGGGCUAAUGCUGGGAUUGGGUACAGCAUAGCAGACCGUCUGCUAGCCUUGGACAUCACCCUCCUCAUCGUCUUAGCAUGCAGAAAUCUAUCCAAAGCAGAGACAGCCAAGCAGAAUCUUCUCUCUUCUCACCCAGAUGCCACAGUAGACAUUGUCCAGCUUGAUACAAGCAAACUGACUUCAGUCUACAAGGCCUGUGCAGAGAUUAAGCAGAGAUAUGAUCGACUUGAUUACCUGUAUCUAAAUGCUGGCACCAUGCCUAAUGUGACAUUCAACUAUUCAAACUUCUUUAAGAGUAUGUGGAAUCCGUUAAAGUUCAUCAGAAUUCUAUCAACUGGUGAGGGUUUACUCAACGUUCAAGAUGGAGCUACAGAAGAUGGACUUAGAAGUGUAUUCUGUACUAACAUUUUUGGACAUUAUGUACUGAUUCAAGGUCUACUGGACAUGCUAUGUGAAGAUGGUGGGUCUCAGAUUAUAUGGACAUCAUCUAGCAAUGCAUCAGCUCAGCUCUUCAGUAUAGAUGAUAUACAACAUGAAAAUGGAUCUGAAUCCUACAGCUCAUCUAAGCACGCUGUUGAUCUUCUGAGUCAGGCAUUGAACGACAAGUUCAACUCUCAGGGCGUCUACAGCAGGGUCACCUGUCCUGGCUUCAUGUCCACCAACAUGACAUCACCUAUACUACCAGGAUGGAUGUGGUCUUUCAGUACACCUCUACUCUACCUGUUUCGUCUUGUAGCACCAAGGCUCUGUAUCACCCCUUAUAAUGGAGCUGAAGCAUUGGUUUGGUUAUUUAGUACUUCUCCAGAAACGACCAAGUCUGAUAUAAAGUAUGUCAGCCACUGCUCUCUAUUUGGAACAAGAUAUGUGCACACAGACAAGCUUGAUAUGAAUCCAGACCAUGCAGAGCUGUUGUACAAAAAGCUGAAUGUAUUGGAACAGAGCUUUAGGUACAAGUUUUCAAACAAAUCUGAAAAAAAUGUCUCCAUGUCAUAAUGACUGGUCAUCCGAUCUAGAUUUGUAGGUAUUGGUAACCAUUUGAAACAAAGAAAAAAUUAUCAAGUAUUACUUUAAAGCAAUUUCAGAGUGCAGUUUAUGUCACUUGAAUGUAAUCUGUAUGCAAUUAAAGCAUUUCCCCAACUUAAUUUAUUCUAGGAAUACUGGACUUAGUCAAUUUAAUCACCAGGGCACUGUUUCAUAUACCUUGUUAUCAACAAAUGCUAGAAUUGUAUUACAAAUUUGCUCUCAGUCAAUCAAAUCAAACGAUUUAAGGAGCUUAUACAUGUACAUGUACAGGUACUGUACAAACUUGUUAUCAGAAAUGGUCACAAUUCUACAUGUACAGGUGUAUAAUAAAUGUGGUCAUACAUGUAACCAAUCAAGUACAAUGAUGUUCAUAGCUUGUAUCAAUAAUUUUGAUGUGAUAUUGAUGGCAAGGCUUAUAAUAUGUUUGUGGGCGUCGGCAUGCUACAGUACAAAAUUUGAAAGGAUGUAAAAAAAAAAUUGUUUUAUGUUUCUACCUCUUUUACACAGGGUACAGUGGUCUUUUAGAUUUAAAAAAAUUAAUUUUCUGCAACUCUUAUAUAUUAAGUAAGUAACACAACAGAAAAUGAAUUAAUGUAGAAAGACUUCAAAACCCAUAUAUUGGCAUUGUGUGAUAUUGUGCAAAUUAUAUACAAAUGUUAUCUGUAAACGGGGGUGUAUUUUGAGAUUCAUUUUUUCUUACAUCAAAUCUAAGAUUUCAUCUUGGCGAGAUAAAGUACCCUUAAAAUCUUACUCAAAAUAGUAUUCUGAGAAUAAUUUCAGCAUGAUUUUAUUUCCCUAAGACAUGCCAUUUGUGAUGCGAUAACCAUUAAGAUAUGUUGUUAGAUUUCACUCUUAACAUGUUGAGCUGAUAGAAUCACUUUCUGCCAGUCUCUGAGAUAAUUUCAUAGGCUUUUGAACACCAUUGCCAGCAUCAUUUCAAGUAAGAUAUUAGUCAGUGCUCAUUAAUUCAAGAGAAUUAAUUGGAUCCUACCCUAUUUUAAGUUUUAACGUUUUAACUUUCACAUAAAAUAAAAUUGGCUUAGCAUUAAAGCUGCAUGUAUAAUGCGUAUGGGUAAAUGAAAAGUAAGAGAUCAAGAUAAAAUGUAAGAUAUAAUCCAAGGUAAAAAAGUGAUUAUUUAGGGAUGAAAUAAAUAUUCUAGAGGUAAAAUUGUGCUCAUAAUGCUGUCAUAGGUCAAUAUAUUUACAUCAUAAAUAUUGUGGGGAGAUCUGUUAUAAUUCUUAAAUUCUUUGACAAUACAUGUAUUCACCUUUAUAUGAGAUGAAUUCUGCGUUCUUAUCUCGAGUAAGUUCAUGAUAUCAUACAUUUCUCAUGUAAUAAAAGACAUGAAAUUUAAA